AUGGACACUUACGGUCGCGAUGAGCGCCCUGCGACCGACUCUUAUCGCCGAAGAUCGCCUGGUAUGUGCACAUGGCCUUGGGCUGUGGACUCUUCGCUCAUUCUCCUUCGCGCAGGUGCCUCGGAAAGACGCGCACGCCCGCCCCGUGAGCGGUCUCGCUCUCCGAAGAUCAUAGACCGUUACCAGCCCGAUCGCUCAGGCAGAGACGACUACUACCGCGGCCGCGAUGAUCUUCACCGCCGGCGCUCGUCGCCCCCUCCCGUGCAACCGGGCAUCGAUCGAUAUGUCCCCGGUCAAGAUCCCACCCCGGCUCUCAUGACCAAUCCUCUUCCGAACCCCUUGACACUCGACUACCAGGUUGGCUUCAACUGGUUCGCCGAAUGGUGGAGGAUGGAGCAGCUCGUCAAGGAAGAAAAGGAACGCCAGGCCAACGGUGGUCGUCGCCCGGAGCGUCUCAAGGGCGAACGCGAGGCUCGGGAAGAGCGCGGCCUAGAGCGCGAGAAGAUCCAGAGUGCAUACGAUUCCUACAAAGAGAAGCUUCAGGUGCAGAUGGCUCGGACUUUCGUUCAACAACACAAAGGCGAAGAAUGGUUCAAGGAGCGCUAUGACCCUGAGGUAAGAGAGGGCUUCCGCCAACUUCUCAGCGAUUUCCGCCGUGGAGUCUACAGCCAGUGGGAGCAAGACUUGGAUGCUGGUCGUUUCGACGAGUUCACCUUGGAAGGCAUCUACAAGAACGAAAGUAAUGGUGCAGGCGGUGUCGUAGAAAAGGAGGAAGGAGAAACCACCGCCGCGAACGAGGUGUUGGGCGUUGGCGAUCUCCUUCCUUCCAAAGGCGGAGAUAUGCGGGAUGAGGCUGCCCUUCAGCCCACACUACUCAUCAAGACCAUCGCUCCGACCGUGAGCAGAGCAAAGAUGGAGGCUUUCUGCAAGGAGCACCUCGGUGAGAACGAAGGCGGCUUCAAGUGGUUGAGUCUGAGUGACCCGAACCCUCUCAAGAAGUGCCACCGUAUCGGCUGGGUCAUUUUGAAUCCAGGUGCGGAACAAGCAUCAAAGGACGAGCGCGGUGAUGGACGGGAGGAGGAAGGCGAGGAGUUCGACAUGGCACGGUCUGAGGCGGAUGCGCCCAUGGUUUCGACUGCUGAGAAGGCGCUUGCCGAGAUCAACGGAAAAACGAUUCAGGAUGAGGUACGCGGCGAUUUCACGUGCCACGUAGGAAUCCACGAGCCCCCUGCUGCUCCACGCAAAAAGGCACUGUGGGAUCUCUUCUCUGCUCCUGAACGUGUUGAGCGCGAUCUCCAGCUGGCAAUGCGACUAGUGUCUAGGCUGGAUGAAGAGCUGGGUCCUAACAACAACAGCUUGAGUAAGAUUGAGGAGAGGGUGGAGAUGCUCGUGAGCCAAGGCGCCCUGCAACCUCCGGUCACCGCGCCCGGUGCAAAGAAAGAAAAGAAGGAGGAAGACGAAGAGCUCGAGGAGGGAGAAGAGGACGUCAACAUGGAUGAUGAUGAUGAGGAAGGAGCGUACGAUGAGGAGGUUGAUGACGAGGAGUUGCUUGUCAAGAAAAAGAAGCUUGAUCUCCUGGUGGAAUACCUCCGUCGUGUCUUCAGUUUCUGCUUCUUCUGCGUCUUUGAGAGUGAUUCAGUCCAUGAACUCACUCGCAAGUGCCCGGGCGGCCACCUGCGACGCCCCCGAUCCAGUCUGACCACCGCCGCCAAGACGGUUGCCAAAGCCAGUGCCGCAGGGCAGGCGUUCCCGUUGAAAAAGCAGGAAUCGACUACGGAAGAAGAAUCAGCAGGAUCCCCGAGCCAGGAGAAGAGAAUGUUCAAGACCAGCGGCAAGAACCAACAACAGCUCCAGAGGGCGUUCAACUGGGUCAAGACCUACGAGGAUAAGCUGCUGCAGAUCCUUGAGCCUGAAAACGUGGACCUGAAGAAGCUGGGCGGUAAGCCGGUGGAAGAGGCAAUGGAAGACGAACUCAUCAAGUACGUCAAGCAAGAAGACGAGGCGAAGUACCGGUGCAAGGUUCCCGAGUGCACCAAGCUUUUCAAGGGCCAGCCUUUCUGGAGGAAGCACGUGGAAAAGAGACACCCAGAAUUCUACGAGAAGGUCCAGUCCGAGGUGGAAAUGGUAAACCGCUACGUGCUAGACCCGGCGCACAUUGCUCCCUCGCGUAGCGACGCAAACAGCAACGGCCACUUCCCUCUGCACAACAACGUGCCGACGGGCACGCCCCGCGGAUUCAACCUGGCGAGCAUGCCGUUCGGAUUCCCUGGAAUGGCGCCAAACCAAGCAGCAUUCUCGGCGCUGUUUGGGCAACAGGGCAUGGCCAACGGCUACGGCGCGUUUGGCGACGACGACCGGCACGCGGCCGGGCCGAUGCGGCGGGGAAACGUGGGGUCUCGGUAUGGCAGUCGGGCAGCGGGCCCGUACGAUCGACAGCAAAAGGACACACGCAACAUGCGGUGGAACGGCGGGUCUGGGCGGCUGACGCCGCCGCGGGGAGGCACUGGACGGGCUGGCGCAGGGGCUCGGUAUACGGACGGAGGGGCAGUGGGCCCGCGCGAGGCAGUGCAGGGGAGGAGCCUCAAGAGCUACGAGGACCUGGACGCGGCAGGCGGCAGCGUCGGCGAGCUCAACUACUGA